AUGUACGACAGCAAGGAGCUUCACAGCUUGACCACCCGUUGGUUGAAUAACUAUUUCCUGACGUUAACUUUGAACCUGGCUACGACUACCUUCUUACGGUGCCCCUUUGCUCUUAUGUUGGAAGAGGCAAUGAUUACCGCUUGGUCCAAGACAACUGAUAUAAAUUUAUCCAAUUCCUUAAAUGGUUUGAGCUGGAUGGGAAUUCUGGAUGCAAGAGUGGGCAGUGGUAUCCAGAGUCUUCAAAACUUCAAUUCAAGGGCCCCAAGAUCUCUCUCAUUGCCUGAGUAUGGGCCUAGCCAACACUCCAGUGCUUUAGAAGAUUGUCAUAGCCUUAAAUCUGUGGAUUCUGGUAUUCCAACUCUAGAAAUAGGAAAUCCAGAGCCUGUUCAUUGCCGCGUGUUAAAUGUGAAGAGAAAGCAGUCGGAACCUGAAAUUGUGCCUGACAGAGCUUUUCAGAGUGCAUGCGCACUGCCAUCUUAUGUGCCUCCACGUUCUCUGACUUCCGAACACGACCACCCUGUGCGAAAAUCCUCAACUUUUCCAAGAACUGGGUAUGACACCGUCAAACUUUAUAGUCCAACUGCCAAAGCUCUGAAUCGAAGUGAUGAUAUCUCAGUCUGCAGUGUUUCUAGUCUUAGCACAGAACUGUCAACAACUUUAUCAGUUAGCAAUGAAGACAUUUUGGACUUUGUGGUCACAAGCAGUUCAAGUGCAAUUGUGACUCUCGAGACUGAUGAAGCGCACUUCUCAGAUGUUACCCUGAAUUCUACUAAAGAGACCAAUGAUCAAAGCCAGCAGGAGCGUUGUCAAGAGACAGAUGUGGACAGUAAACCAAAAAUAUUGGGACCUUUUACUAACUUCUUUGCCAGGAACUUGUUUACCAGAAAGCAAAAUGCAAGAUUUGAAAAACAAAAUGAUGUGGGAUGGAAGUUGUUCGGAAAAGUACCCCUCAGAGAAAACUCACAGAAAGAUCCAAAGAAGAUGCAAAAGGAAUAUGAAGAAAAAACUGGGCGAGGUCACAGGCCGCUUUCUCCCAAACAGAACGUGAGGAAGAAUCUUGAUUUUGAACCACUCUCCACUACAGCACUUAUUUUAGAGGACAGACCAGCGAACCUCCCUGCAAAACCAGCUGAAGAAGCUCAGAAACAUAGACAACAGUACGAAGAAAUGGUGGUUCAAGCCAAAAAAAGAGAACUUAAAGAAGCCCAGAAGAGAAAGAAACAACUGGAAGAACGCUGCAAACUGGAAGACAGCAUUGGCAAUGCUGUUUUAACUUGGAACAAUGAAAUCUUGCCCAACUGGGAAACUAUGUGGUGUUCCCGUAAAGUUCGAGAGUUAUGGUGGCAAGGCAUUCCACCAAGCGUGAGGGGCAAAGUCUGGAGCUUGGCAAUUGGCAACGAGUUAAACAUCACCCACGAACUCUAUGAUAUUUGCUUGGCUCGUGCCAAAGAGAAAUGGCGAUCACUUAGCACGGCAGGGGCUGAAGUAGAAUGUGAAGAUGCUGGGUUUUCUGCAGCUGACAGAGAAGCAAGCUUGGAGUUAAUAAAACUGGAUAUCUCAAGAACGUUUCCUAAUCUCUGUAUUUUCCAGCAGGGUGGUCCUUACCAUGACAUGUUGCACAGUAUUUUAGGAGCCUAUACUUGUUACAGACCUGAUGUAGGCUAUGUACAGGGCAUGUCAUUCAUAGCAGCAGUAUUGAUCUUGAACUUGGAUACUGCAGAUGCCUUCAUCGCUUUUUCUAACCUUUUAAAUAAACCCUGUCAGAUGGCGUUUUUCCGUGUGGACCAUGGCCUUAUGUUGACUUACUUUGCUGCAUUUGAGGUAUUCUUUGAAGAAAAUCUGCCAAAGUUAUUUGCUCACUUCAAAAAAAAUAACCUGACUCCAGACAUCUAUCUUAUUGAUUGGAUAUUCACAUUGUACAGCAAAUCUUUGCCACUGGACUUGGCAUGUCGUGUCUGGGAUGUGUUCUGCCGUGAUGGAGAAGAAUUCUUAUUCCGUACAGCCUUGGGAAUAUUGAAACUUUUUGAAGAUAUUUUGACCAAAAUGGACUUCAUUCAUAUAGCCCAGUUUCUAACGAAGCUUCCGGAAGACCUGCCUUCAGAAGAAUUCUUCACGUCCAUUGCUGCCAUUCAGAUGCAAAGUAGAAACAAAAAAUGGGCUCAGAUACUGGCUGCUCUGCAGAAAGAUAACCGGGAAAUGGAAAAAGGAAGUCCUUCGCUCAAACGUUAGAACUGUGGUUACCUCAAGUGACUCACCAGAGAAAGAGCUAAAGUGGCAAAAGUAUUGAGUACGGUUUGACAUAUAUGAGCCUGCAAAUCAAAGUGUUAUUUCAUGGUUUUGUUUAGCAGUAGGAUAGCCUUAAAAGGGAGAGAGGGAGGAAAAAGGAAACCUAGGCUUAGCCUUAAACUGCUAGUAGAAUGAGCAUUUGCAGUGGACGGCAUCACAUUCUGUACUUCUGAUGAGAGCAAGUGAAACAAAACGAUAUUAAUUUUUUUAGGUUUUUUUCCUAUCAUGUUUUAAAAUAUUGGGCAUUCAGUAAUGUUGACUGCUUUGAAAACUAUUCCCCAGUUUAAUUCUUAGGCAGGAUAUAUUUCCCAUACCCAUAAGAAUCAUUGAAUCUGGAUUUUAAAUAGCUGGUGCUGAAGUUUAUAGUUAAAUGAUGUUAAGGACCAUUUGUUUAGAAAAGCUUCUUGGGUUUUUUGUUUUUUAUAGCCUGUAUGUCCUAUUUACCAAAGAAAUCACAUACAUAUAGAACUACAUUCCAUUCCUUAACAACAAAAAAGUAGUAGAAAAUAAACUUGGAAGAGAAAUCACGCUAGCACUAGUGCAAAGCACUUUUUUUUUUUUUUUUUCUUUCCCCAAGCUGCCUUGCAAAUCUCUGUUUCCAAUCUGAAUGUAUAGGGAAAAUGUUCCAUUCAUCCAGUUAGAUUCCAAACUUGCCAGGAGGGUUUCUAGUAUUAAGCUGCCACUAUGUCCCGAUUUUACUCGUGCUUUCCUCUGUGUAAAAACGGGUCAUAUACUACUAAACGUAUGCUUCCCUCUAUCUCUCUUCUGGGGCAGUGCCAUUUCAGGGUGCUUUGGCCUGCCCAGCUACUUAUUCCUAUGCCAUCUGGCAUUCCAGGGCCAUAACUGGAGAGUUAUGCUAAUAAAAUUUUUUGUAGGCUGAACAAACAAACCCGAAAAACAGUUAGAAACAAUUUUUAUAGUUACAUUUAACCCAGCUGUGCUCUGGCAAAACUGAGGAGGCUGGUAUAUGGAGAAUUUACGUAGGCCUACUUUGCUGCUGAAAAGAACGGUUAUGUCGGAACUUUUUAAGCUGCUGUUACCACAGGAAAAGGGUACGUGCAGCUGAACUCUGUUAGUGACAGGAGAGAGAAUUUUGUCGAGGAAUGUGUCAGACAGAUACUAGCAGGAUAAGUAAAAGCUGUCAUUUCCUAGUUCCUUUUUAGGGUAGUUGUUUUGUCCAGCCUGUAAUACGUGUGAGCAAGUUAGAGACAGCAAACUGCAGUUGCGUAUUUGUUGCACAGCUUAAGUUCUCUCUGCAUUCAGCUGAAUGUCUGUGUGUAAAUCAUGAGUGCCUGUGAUUUACAAGGAUGUUUAUUGCAUAACGUAUAGAGUAAAAUCUAUUUUAUGAAUGACUGUCACUGAAAAGGGAAACUAACUGAAGCAAUAUGUGUAUUUAGCCGUAAACGGGAAUUACUAAAUCCUCUAGCUCUACAGUCUUAUGUUUCCCAUUACUCUUCAGUCUGUUUUAUGCUGUUUUGGCAUUGUCUGAAGUACAAAU